AUGACGCAACCACUCUGUCCAGCAGCAGCAGCUCAGACUGAGAGUCAGACCGAGAAACGUCAGCUCCACACACAGUCAGAGAAGAAGAACAAGAAAAUGGCCAACUCAACUAGCAGCAGCUGCUCUGACUCUUCGUCAUCGUCAUUAUCUAACAACUCCUCCUCUACCUCACUCAGAGACCUCACACACUCAGCCUCACAGCUCAUCCACUGGAAAGAACCCAAGAAGUCGGCGGUGGCGUUCGGCCUGUCGCUGCUGGUUCUUGUCUCCGUGGCAACACUGUCUGUCAUCAGUGUGGUGUCCUAUCUGCUGCUGACUUGCCUCUGUGUCACCAUCACCUUCAGGGUUUAUAAAUCAGUGAUCCAGGCCGUCCAGAAAUCAGAUGAAGGUCAUCCAUUCAGGUCUCUGUUGGAGAGGGACAUCUCUGUGUCCUCGGAGUCGGUCCGGCAGCUGGCUGAUCAGUUUCUGAUCCAUCUGAACUGGUUCAGCAGUCAGACCAGGAGGCUGCUGUUGGUUGAAGACCUGGUCGACUCUUUAAAGCUGGCUUCAGUCAUGUGGAUGAUGACGUACGUUGGAGCCAUCUUUAAUGGAGUCACCAUCCUGAUCCUCGCUGACAUCAUUUUCUUCACCACACCACUGAUUUACCAGAAGAAAAAGACACAGAUUGAUCAGUACAUCGAGGUGACUCGGUCCAAAGUGGAGGCGACGCUGCACAAGCUGCAGGACAGGUUACCUGGAGCUGUGAAAAGAACCAAACCUGAGUGACCACCUGACCUGCACACACUGUGGCUCCUCCUUUCCUCUGAUUGGUCCGUUUGUCGGUCUCUCACCUACUGAAUUUAUUCUGAAUGUAUUGUAAUAAAAUCCUGACUGAUAUGAAACAGUAAA